AUGAAAAUGCUUAAAAGCGUUCAAAAAAUACGCAACAGUGUGUGGGUUGAUUGCCGGGACAAGCUAGACGGUUUCGUUUCAGUACUCGGCAGAUUAUCAAAAAAUCUCGGAAAUAAAAAUACACCCGACUCGAAGGAAUGGACUUCGGGAAAAUCAGAUGACCUACCCGUGUUUAUAAUCGGUGCAUCUUCAAAUCAUUUUCAAGAGAUGAUUAAAAUGUUGCACAACUUUAACAACCUACGUAAUGAUCUUAACGAAUUAGAACCAGAAGCUCAAAAGCACCUCCUAACCACACACCCUUCCAAAUUAAUGUGGGGUUACUGCCUGGGUAAGUUUGGCUGCAUGGUGCCGGAUUUGAAUCCAGAAAAGUAUUUAGCAUGUAACAAAUAUGGAAAUGUGUUUGGUGAGUGCCAUCGAUUCGACCAAUCAGUACUUAGCAUUUUGCUAUAUACUGUUUAUGGCAAACAUAUAAGUGAGCAUACAAUGCACUACAGUGAAAACAUGUAUAUGUCUUUUCAUUAA